AUGGCUAGCAAGCCACGAGAAGACCCAGAUUCGAAUGUUCCCUUGGAAGACCGCAUUCUAAGCAAAAAGGAGAUCAUGGCGAUCCUCUCAGGAGCACCACAUUUCUUGCUGGAACGGGGCAAGCAUAAACGCUGGUAUCCCCAAGUUAUUUUCCCUUGGGAUGAUCAUAAUCCAUCGGUCCAGCGCAUGCUAGAUCGCAAACCCCUUUCCCACCCGGCAUUCACAUUAUGUACACUUCAUGCGCAUCUUCCCGUACCAGACGACUGGGCCGUGAGAGGGGGUGUACCAACUCCAAUCGAAUGUUGGGGUCGAAGCGACGCUUCCAAAAGAGCCACCUUCGACGUUGGCAUAUUUGAAGUCCCAAAUAUGCUUGGAAAUAAUGGCCGAGAACCGGGGACUGUAGGCUUCCGACAUUUCCUCGAAUUGCCAAUCUCGGAUGCAAGACAAUACACUGGCCCGGAAGAGCCACGCGAGGCUCCCAACCUCGUGAGCCUGAACUCUCUACCAGCAACGGAGGCUUUUGAUAUCAUGGAAAACUACAACAGACCGUACUCGCAGUGCCUGAGCGGAGCCGUCUAUGACCGGCGACAACUGAUCCGAGAUGGUCCGAAUGCCUGGAAGCGCAUCGGAGUCCGCGACAUCAACUUACGAUCUUUGGCAAACCGGAUCAGUCGUUUGCAGCACAUUCGUCGCGAUGUGCUCCUUGAUGGUUCAACAAGUACCAUACUCGAUUUCGAAACAUCACACGAGCAGUAUAACCUGCUGCAUUCGCAGUUUCUCUAUCCCCGCCCGCCACCGGCGGACGUGAUGCCAGGACACCCUCAAAGUAUCAAGUCUCAGAUCAAAACCUUGGCCACGGUGUUGGCUACUCCUGGAGCAUGGGUGAAUUUCAGCUUGCCGGAAUGGCGCUUUCGGGCCGGUCAGCUACUUUGGGAAGUGCCUCGUCAGGGAACAGCCUCGAAGACGUCAAAAGAACCAUGGAUAAAUGAUGGUAUGGAGAGGAAGUGGCUGUUGGUUCAGCUGCUUCUUGCAGCCGAGCUUCUAGUUCGCCUGGAUGCCUUUGUCCGCAUUGACAUGCUACACGAUCCCCAUGGUGGCCAGGUGACCGUUCAAGAAGUAUACAACUUUGAUAAACUCUGCGAAGGCAAGGUGAACUGGGAUCUUGUUGUCGUACGUCGCUUUCUUGACAAUCUCGAGAUCGAAUGCCCAUCGAACUCGCCAGCGGCGGCGGCUGAACCAAAUACACCCACCAAGACGGCUCGAUUUUCUUUUUUUGAGUCCAUCGGCCGUCAUAUCUCUUCUGCCACAGAAAAAGCCGACCUAUGCUCCCCCUGGCAAUGCCAUAUAAGCUCGCCCCACACACGCCAACAACUUGAAGGGUUAUAUAACUUCGCCGAGAAUAUCGGCUGGCCAAAGAUGGAUGCGAUACGGUCUACCUUUGAAGAAAAGCUACAAAGAAACAAGAGUAUAUUCCUCACUCAGCCGAACAACAUCCCUCGCGACAAGGAAAAUGCACCCAGUCAGUCCAGUGCGGCGCUAUUGGUCGACGCAAAGGAAAUGUAUAGCCGUAGCCCAUCACGCCGUUGCGUUCGGCUCCACAGCGCGUGUCCAGAAGAUGGCGAUCUGCAAGACGGUGAGCCCUUCGGCUGGAUUUCUCGAAGCUGGCUGUCUGGAUUUGUGAUUCCUGGAGAAGCCAUCUGCCACCUCCUAAUUGGGACGCUACUCGAAAACGAUGAGGAGGCGAUGCAGCAGCUUGGCGCGAUGGCGAAUCUCUACGGUGGCUUUGCCUACGCAGGACGCAGUUGGUGGAGCAAAUCGUGCAUUGUUGGGCGUGUCUUGUCUAGUCUGCAGAAUACCAAAACUUCCAUGGGGUGGGUCGGGAGUGAUAUACUUCCCCGCGAUGCAACUACAUUGGAGGUGCUAGGAAAUGGUUGGUUUGAAGUUGCGGUCGAAAACCCGUUGGAGCGGACGUUGAAACCCAGAAUCAAGCAAGGAGGGAAGCUUGCGGCUGAGUCGACACCGCUGGGGAUGGGAGAUAUCACAGCCGAUGCAUUCACUUUGCCCAUUGACCUACCAGCGCCAGCGACAACUACCGUCAGCGUGGGUGCAUUGACCUUGUCAGUCAGCACCUUGAUUAAUCGAGGCAUCACAGCCAGUGAGGAGACAUCGCUUUCUUUCUCCUUGCAGGGAGAGGGAGAUUCCUCGACUGCAGUAUCCUUCCCACUGAAGCAUAAUGUGCGGUUUAUAUCAGCCCAUAGAUGCCGCCCACCGCUCAGCUUUACAUCACACCAUCACCCUCACCACGACCAACCAUUGGAAGACGAUGCUGCGGCUGAUAACAGCCAAGAGAAAUCCUCGACGUGGGGUCAGUAUACACGUCUCCCGGGGCAUCCCUUACACCGGUCUUUCCCGUAUCAACAUGUGCAACUUGACGCCCUCCCCAACCAUCGGGGCCCGCAAGCCACAACAGGGUCCAGUGCAGACAAGGAAGUGCUAGUCAUCGACGCCCGUGGUCCUCGAACAAAGGAAACUUUUGUGCGAGCCUGGUGUGCCUCAAUUGGCAGCCACGCGAUCAUCGGUCGUGCGGGGCAAACCUGCGUGGCAUGUUGUGUGCGAGAGGCAAGGGCAGUGGAUGUUCAGAUCGUGGUGCGAGUCGGGGAGUGA